AUGAAGUAUCUUAUGAAGUAUGCCAUCAUCAGAUGGAGGAACUGGAAAGAAUAUUGGGCUCCAGAAGUUAAAAAACGAUAGCAUGACUAAAGAAGUUAUCUUUAUUCCCUUGAAUUAACUUUUUACAAACUCAUGAAUAGAUAUUAUCCCGUUAAGAGUGUUGAUUUGGUUAGUUUAAUUGCGUUUAUUGUUUCAUCGAUUCCCUCUCUUAAUGAAUGCAUUGAUAAAGACUAUUUCCAAUAAAUUAUCGACAAGAUGAACAAGAAAAAGAUAGAUUAAGUGGAAACACAUAUCUCUAAUCAAGUUAUUGUUAACUACGAAAAAGAAAAGGAAAAAUCAAAAGUAGCUAGGUUCAAAUAUCUAAAAAAGAAAGCUGAUUCAAAAGGAACUAUCAUUCGCAAGCAUGAUGAUAUGCUUAAUAAAGAGAGAUAGAGUUUGCAGAGAAGAGAUGAAAACAUAAAAGUUGCUAAUAGAUUUAGAGUAGUUCUUAGAGGCCUCGAAAAUAAUUAUGCUUCACUUAAAACUACUGAAGAGCAUUAGGAACUUGAGAGAUUUCAUAAUCCUAAGAAAAAGGGACUUCCAGAUCCACUAGACUUGCCACUUGAAUAAACCGAGGCUUAUCGUAAUAAGGUCGUAUAUGAAUUCUUCAAAGAUUGUCCUGAUAAACCAAGAUUCAGACAUAAAGAAAAGACUAGCUAUUAUCUUUAAACAACGACUGGUGGCCCUAUUAGAGCAAUUAAGACUCAGUAUAUUUCUAGCAGAGAGCAGAUAGCUAGAGCAGCCUUAAUUAUUCAAAGAGCUAUAAGAAGGUGGAGAAAGAAGAGAUAAGCUGAAAAACAAGCAAGAAAAGAGGAGGAACUAAGAAGGUAAUUUUCAAAUUCCUCAAAUACUCCUGGCUUUAAUAGCAACAAUCCUAAUAUUAACAAUCAAUUCUUUGUAACUUAAUCAAAUCAUGAUUAAUCUACUUUGAGUGUUGUUAGUAGCUAAAAUAAAACUAUUCUGAUCAAGCCGUAGGUUGGAAGCAACAAAGAAAGUAGAAUAGGAUUGCAAGAUCUCAGUAAUAGUCACAAUUAAGCUGUUGGAGAGUAGAUUUCUAUGCAAGAUGGUAUGCUUAGCAUAAAUACAAACGGGAAUAUUAAAUUUGGCUCCAGCUCUUACAAUCAAGCGCAAAAUCCAAAGAAAACUAGGAAAUCAACUGCUAGCUGA